AUGUCGUUCUUCAAGCGCAAGGAGAAAAAUUUGGUUCCUCCUGUUCCAUCUUUAGAGCCCAGAUCAGACGGUCCGCGUGGUACAUCUCGAAGCACGUCUUCCCUCCCCAGUUACAAGUCCAGCGCUAGUACCUACGUUGCCAGCCGCGAUGGGCCUGAUCCUUAUAAUACCAUGAGCACCAGAACUCUGUCGCAGAACUCGUACGACAACUGUGACAGUACCACGGCGGGUAAAAUCGCUAAUGCUGAGGCAGACCGGAACCGCAACGAGCUCUUCGCUGGUUAUAAUCCUCAGGGAAAGACAGGUUCUGGUCGAUACUUCGAUGGCCCUGCGCUAGGCAGAGAACCUGCUCCUGGGGAGGAGAAUGAAGAAGAUGUAGAAGGCAUUAAACAGCAAACCAGAUUCAUGAAGCAAGAGAGCGUCAACUCUACCAGGAAUGCACUGAGGCUUGCUCGGGAAGCCGAAGAGACUGCGGGGAACACCAUCACAAGACUCGGGGAUCAAUCUGGUGAGAUCUGGCUGAGGUUGCAGUUUUUUAUUCACAUUGAUCGCCUCGCGAUAGAGAAACUCGCCAACACUGAGCGUCAUCUUGAUGUAUCAAAGGGUCACACCUUACGCGCCGAGGAUCAGAUCGGUGAAUUGAAGCAGCUUAACCGGUCGAUCUUCCGCCCUGUCAUUACUUGGAACAAGGAUGCAAAACGCGCUGCUCAGGAAGACAAGAUUCAGCAGCGGUACGAAGACGAAAGGCUAGAUCGCGAAAAGGCUAUGCAGGACAUCAGAGAUACUCAGAACCGCUUGGGACGUGCCACUACUUAUGGCCGUCAGGAUGAAGAAGGUCUGACCUCCGGAGAGUCAGGCAGAUUGCGCACUGCGGAUCAGCUGGCCACGAGAAAGGAGCAGCGGAAGAGAUACCAGUUUGAGGCGGGUGCUUCUGAUGACGAGUUGGAAGACGAGUUGGACGACAACUUGAACGAGAUCUCGGCAAUCACCAAAAACUUGAAAGCACUGGGUACCGCUAUGGGACAGGAGCUCGAUCAACAAAACUCGAGACUUGUCACCAUCGAACAAAAGACGACGACAUUGGACAACGGCGUGUUCAGGAACACUGAAAGGCUCAAGCGCAUCAAGUAG